GGCACCUGCCGUCCCGUCACACGACUAGCGUACCGGACUUAUUGUGGCACUCUUAGAUUGAGGCUGACUGAGUUAUGACCGAGAACGCGAAGCUGUUGAUGCCAUGCUUUGCAAUCCGGACGAAUCAAGGAUGACUGAGUAUCUGUGCAUGCUUGGUUGACUUCACGCAGUCUUUGAUGUCGAGAUGAUGUAUAUAAUCAUCGCCAUAGACUGCUUCUCAGAACUAGAAAAGACAUCAUCAAGCCACUAGAACAAUAGUAUUGUCUACACCACCACCACACUAUCGAACCAAACUCUCCAAAAGAUCGACACCAAGCACACCAGUCAUGUCCAGCAAGAUCACGAAUGUCGCAAUUGCAGGUGCGACCGGCAGUCUUGGAUCUGAAGUCUUGAAGGGUCUUCUUGAAACCAAGUUCACUGUUACCGUUAUUGCGAGGAAGGAGGGGCAGAAGUUCCCUGCUGGCGUGUCAGUCAAGGUCGUUGACACAAACUCAGCUGCGGCAAUUGCCGAAGCCCUUCGCGGUAAUGAUGCUAUCGUGGAUACGACAUCUGGUCCUGAUCCGACCCUCCAGGGACGAAUCAUCGAAGCUGCUGUCUCCGCGGGAGUGUAUCGUAUAGUGAUGGGCGAGUUCAGCGUUGACCCUGAGGACCCCGUAGCGAGAUCGCCGCUCUUUCACCACGGGAAGAAUCAGGCUUACCAGCACAUCAAGGACCUGGCUGCGAAAGGCAAGAUCACGUACACUACCAUAUCCAAUGGAGCUUUCCUUGAUUGGAACCUGCGGACAGGGUUCAUCAAUAUCGAUAUUCGCAGGAAGAAGGUCCAGUACAUGAACGAUGGAAUGAUUCCGUUGCCUUGGACCAUGCUUUCUUCAAUCAGUACUGCCGUCGCCAACGUGCUAAGAAAGGCUGAACAGACCGAGAACCGCUCCUUCUACAUCUCGAGCGUGAUCAAAAGUCAAAAGCAGAUGGUGGCACUGGCGAAGGAGACCCUGGGCAGCGAUGGCUGGGAGGAGUCGAACCAAGACCUUGAUUCAAAGCUCAAGGCCGCGACUGAGGCCAUGAUGGCGGGAAAGAUCGACAUGGAGGCCAUUGGUGAUAUGAUUCGAUGGUCUGCAGGGACAGUCCCUGCGCCACGCUGGGAGCAGUUGGAUGACAACAAACUGUUGGGAGUGGAACGAAUGAACGACGAUAAAGUGCGCAGGCUCAUUCGAGACAUAGCCUCGGAGACGCCGAGUGUAGAUGCCAUGACCAAGGCAUUGUCAGGGGUAAACCAUCCACUUGGAAGCGGAGAUGGACAAAAUCUGUUCGCAUGUCUAAGGCCAACAUUCUCUGCCAAAGCAGGAAAGGCAUGA